AGUUUGAUAACAGUCGUUGCGUAUAUUUGUAGGUACGUUGUUUUUGUGAUUAAGAAUUUCAAUAAUUAAAAUAUGUUGUAAACUCUUUGUACGUAUUUUACUGCUUUUAAAUAAUUGGUAGUUCUAUAUUUUCUGUUGUAGUUUUUAAUAUUUUUUUCAAAUUAAUUUUUACGUUAAAAAAUUGUUUUAAUUUUUUUAUUGCUGUGGCUUAAAUUAUAAUUAACUAUUAUGGAGUGUAGUUUAGCCUCGACGUACAAUAAUAACUCUGCAAAACCAAAUACUUCAGUAUCGGCAAAUAGAAGUCCAGCAAAAUCUAGAUUACAUGUGAACUUUACUGAAAAAGUAGAAGUUAAAGAAAAACGUGAAAAGUUUUUAACAGCUAAGUAUGGUGCUCAUCAAAUGAGUCUAAUAAGAAAACGUUUAGCUGUUGAAAUGUGGUUAUUAGAAGAACUCCAAAAACUCUAUGAUUUACCUAAGAGGGACCCAGCUGUUGAAGGUAUAGAAUGUGAAGUUGAAGUAGAUAUUGAUGAUCUAUUAGACAUGGAUGAUGACCAUCAACGAACUUUAUUUCUUCAGAAAUUGUUAUCGUCAGCCAAAUCCAAGGAGAAUGUCAAAGUACGUAAAAUAAAUAUUUAUAAGUUGAUAUGUGUAUGUGUUUCAAUUUUAUUUUAAGGUUGCUAUUUUUGU